CUCCUCUUCUCCAAUUUUCAGUCCAGAUUCUUGCUAAAAAAAUCUCUGCUUUUCGAAACCCAUUUCAGCUGAUCUGGUUUUAGAUUUUUUUUUUUAAAAAAAACAAUGUCUUUGAGGCUCAUUUCAACAUUUUCCAUCCCAAUCAAGCAAGGGGAUGAUGCUAUGAACAGCCUCUUGCUGUGCUCAAAGGCUGGAUCUUCCUCCUCUGCUCUGAGCCGUGCUUUUUCUCUAAGUUUCCGUGAGCAGAGGAAGCUCAACAAGUUUGCAGUUUCCGCGUCAACCGAGACGAAGACAGCGACGCUGACUGGGGUGGUGUUUGAGCCGUUUGAAGAGGUCAAGAGCGAUGCUUUUGUCGUUCCUGUGUCCCCUCUGCUAUCUCUUGCUCGCCAGCGUUACGCAGAUGACUCUGAAGCUGCAAUCAACGAGCAGAUCAAUGUGGAAUACAAUGUGUCUUAUGUUUACCAUGCCCUGUUUGCAUACUUUGACAGAGACAAUAUUGCUCUCAAGGGCCUUGCCAAGUUUUUCAAGGAAUCAAGUGAGGAAGAAAGAGAGCAUGCUGAAAAGUUCAUGACUUAUCAGAACAAACGAGGUGGAAGAGUAAAACUGCACUCUAUAAUAGAGCCCCCUUCAGAGUUUGAUCAUGCAGAGAAGGGAGAUGCAUUGUAUGCUAUGGAGUUAGCAUUGUCUCUGGAGAAGCUGACAAAUGAAAAGCUCUUAAACUUGCAUAAGGUGGCGGAGCAUAACAAUGAUGCCCAAUUGACAGAUUUUGUCGAGACCGAGUUUCUGGCUGAGCAGGUUGAAGCCAUAAAGAAGAUAGCUGAUUAUGUCACUCAAUUGAGGAGGGUUGGAAAAGGCCAUGGAGUGUGGCACUUUGAUCAAACGCUCCUUCAUGAGGGAGCUUAAAUUGUCUUGGAGUGAUCUCUCUCCAGAAUUAUGUAUAAUUAUUUAGGAAGCUGAUAAGAGUGCGAACUCAGAUAGCCGCCUUUGACAUGUCAGAACAAACUUACUGCUGCGCAAAAUCGCUGAUUGAAGGGAUUGAUUGCUUCAAACUUGUCUAGUGAAAGGUUCAUUGCAGGUGUGAUAUUUGAUAGUAGAAGCGACUUGGAUUAGGCGAACUUCUUGACCUCCUAUCAUGUCAAAGGCUUUGUAGUUCAGAAUUUAGCAAUCCUAUGGUUAUGUAUACAAAUUAUGUUCUAUUAUGAUUAAGUGGAUGUUGCCAAAUGCUUAUUUGAAAUA